AUGAAUGUUGUAAAAGUACUUUCAUUAAAGUUGAUAGCAGCGGCAGCUACGAAAUUGGGAUGCGCAGUCAAAACGUGCGACGUUAAAGGCGAGGACGCCGCCUUCUACGACUACGACGCCACAGUGCUAUGUCUAACGGACCACAGACUGGAAUCUCCUGACUAUGACAUAUACGAAAUAAAACAAGAUGAAGCUGAUUGUGUCUGCUUAACUGACUCCUGGUGCAACCCUGAUACUAAGUUAUGCGAAACCACUACCACAAUAACCACAACAACCACAACACCUACUACAACCACUACUACAACCCCGGCUAUACAGCCUUCGCCAAAUGCUGUGUUACCUAGCUCUACAACAGAAGAUACUAGAGUUGAGCAAUGUGAAAAUUUUUAUCAAAUGACAGAGACAGGAGUUACGUCGUUUGAAGAGGCAGCAAGCAAGGCUGUAAAUCAAUGGUGGAAGGUAGUCAAAGUCUACCCUAGUUUUGGGUCAGCCGCUAAAUUUCGGGACACCCAUGUUGGAACUGCAAUAAUUACGUUCACACAGAUGGCAUGGGCUGCAACGCAGUACUUGGGCUGCUCAGUCGUACAUUGUUCGCCCUUUUACACCACUGUUUGCCGUUACUCUCCUAAGGGAAAUGUUGUCGGCGAAACGGUUUAUGCUCCAGGAGAUUUCUGCACUGCAUGCCCACCUGAUACCAAGUGUAACGCCGCACUAUACCUCUGCGCACCGUGAAGAAUGGCAACAGGAUUGUUUUUGGUGUUAUUCUAUGCUUUAAUGAACUGCUCAUUUCUCUGAUUUGGUUCAAGCAUUCAAAG